AUGGCAGCACGCGUAAUACUCAUCGGAAUUGGUGCUUUAUUUUCUAUUUAUUGUAUUUCUGUAGUAAUUCUGACGUUCCUUGGUCUAAAUUUUGCCGUUUUUCAUCUUACGAAUUUUUUCCUUGUUGGAUUCGCCGCUAUAUAUGGGGUACUUACACCUUUUGGGAUAUCAGGAAUUAUUGGUGGCUAUAACCGUAAAAAAGCCUUGUUGAGGAGCUUUAUUAUCCAGUUUUGGCUUGCUUCUCUGAUUCUCAUUGGAAUCAGUGUUGUCAGCAUCUUUCUUGCACAAAGUUUUCGGAAUGAUACAAUCCGAAGAUGCCAAAGUGAUCUUUUUUUUCAAAAUAAUCCUAAAUCAACUAGUUGUUCUGAUAAAGUUUCCUCCGCACAGAGAGCAACUUUAAUAUUUGCUAUUGUUCAAGGAUCGAUAUUAAUACUUUUUGGAAUUUUUGUAUUGAUAUUUGGUAUACGUGAAUGUAAAGAUAUAUUAAUAGAAGAAGAGGCAAACAGCCUUAUUGCAAAGGUUGAUUUUAAAGAAAAUAAGAAAGAAAAGGCCUCAUCUCCAUCAAACGAUCGCUAUUCACCUACCACACCAUUGCAUCGUAAUAACAGUAGUAACAGUAAUAGCAGUUAUGCUAGUAGUAAUGAUGAUGGCUAUAUUGAUCUUGGCCGUGAUCCUAACACCAUAAGCAACGUUGUUCCGCCACGAUAUAAUCAAGAAUACGUAUAUCCAAACGGUGAAACGCCUAUAACACCUAUGCCUGCACAAUAUACGAAUAUACGUCGCCAACCAACCAACCCCACUCGGAUUCCUUCUAACCGUAUACCGGGUAGUGACUUAUCACGUUACCCGAAUGCCGUUAAUAACGUAUCUACAAAUAGAAAUCCUGCCACUGUAACACUUCAAGCUACAAACGGCAAUGAUAAUUAUUCACAAAGAGCGUUUACAGAUGAUGUUUACACGAGUGCGCCGCCUCGUAGACCACCAAUGAACCCUAGUCGUUCAUUAUCCGCUAAAAAAUAUAAUAACCAAACCAACCGAAUACCAGUACAAUAUUCAUCACAAUCAUCACCAAUACCUACUGUAACCACAAGAAAUGGACAAGCUAACAAUUGGAAUGCGUAUAACGAUGAUUAUAAUGAUUACAAUAGUUAUAACUACAAAUACGUGUAA